AUGGCAAUCAAAAAAGUAACAAGUGCCAAUUUAUCAAAUGGUAAAAAGAGACAAAGAAAAAUAACUAAAGUAGAGGAAAAAGUAGUUGUUGAAGAGCAAGUUGAAGAACAAGUUGAAGAACAAGUCGAAGAACAAGUUGAAGCUCCAGCUUGGAAUGAUGAAGAGGAUGAAAAUGUAAAUAAAGAAAAUAAUUCUGAUGAAGAAAAAGAAGAAGAGCAAGAAAAUGUAGAAGAAAAAGAAGAGGAGGAAGAGGAUAAACCAUCAAAAAAAAUUAAAUUAGAAUCAAAUGAUGAAGGUGUUUGGAUUGAUGAUGAAGAUGGAACCAAUAAAACUUUUAAAACUAAAUCAUUAUUAACAGUUGUACCAGAAUGGGCUAAAGUUAAAGAAAAAAAAGAUACAGAUGAAGAAGAUGAUGAAAUUAAUAAUAUUAUUAAUAGUAAUAAAAGUGUAUAUAAUGGAGAUUCUAUUAAAUUUAUUGCUGAUAAGUUCCAACAAGUUUUACCAGGUCAAGUUACAUCAAUUGCAUAUAAUAAUGAUGGUAAUUUAAUUUUUAUGGGUGAUAUUAAAGGCAACUUUAGAGUUUAUCAAGGUUCAGUCGAAUUUACAAAGAAAUUUAAACCACUUUAUCAAGGUAAAUUUGUAGAUUUCUCAAUUGAAAAAUUAUAUUUCAUUGAAUCAACCAACGAAGUUAUUAUCACCGGUUUAGAUAAAGAAUAUUACUAUACAUUUGAAGUUUUAACUGAAAAGAUUACCAAACGUCCAUUAAGAGUUGGUAAAAACUAUUUAAAAAAAUCAAGUAUUUCAAACAGCUAUUUUGCAAUUUCAGAUUCAACAAGUAGAAUUUCAAUAAUUUCAUUAUUAUCAAAGACAGUUGUAAACGAGUUUAGAAUACCAUCAAGUGGAAUUAGUGCAAUGGGAUUCUCAAAUGAUUCAGCAAAGAAGUUAUUUAUAGCUAGUGAAGGUUUCAUUUAUACAUUUUGUUUAGAGAAAAUGGCAAUUACUAAUAAAUUUAAAGAUUGGGGUAAUUUUGGUAGUAACUCCAUUUCAUGCAUCGUCUGUUCAGAUGAUGGUAAUUAUUUAGUUACAGGUUCUGAAUCAGGUAUUAUUAAUAGUUAUCGUUAUCAAGACUGUUUCGAAUCCACCACACCAAAACCAUUAAAAACAAUCGAUGCCAUUGUUUAUCCAAUUACCUCUUUACAAUUCACAAACAACUCUUCAUUAUUAUUAGCAGCUAGCAAAUAUAAUAAUAAAGCCACCAAAUUAAUCCAAUAUCCAUCUCAUCAAAUCAAUCAAAACUUCCAAUUCACCAUUAAAACCUCCUCAGUUUCUUUCUCUCCAAAUAAUCAAAGACUUAUUUUAGGUGAAGAUUUUGGUAGCUUAACAUUUUUCAAAUUAAAAUAUAAUAGUAAACCAUCAAAGAUUGGUAGAUUUAUAAAUAAAAAAAAAUAA